AUGGUUAUUGCUAAUUAUGGCGACAAUACCAUUAGUGUUAUUCUCGGAUAUGGUAAUGGAUCUUUUACAAAUCAGACAACCUAUUUAACUGGUUCGAAACCAUACUGCUUAGCUAUGGGUGAUUUCAAUAACGACAAACAAUUAGAUAUCGUUGUAGGCAGUUAUUAUAGUUUUAAUGUAGGUGUUUAUCUUGCAUAUGGGAAUGGUUCUUUUACACAACAAAUUACAUUUUCAGCUGGUAAUAGUCCAACAUCUUUAGCUAUUGCUGAUGUCAAUAAUGAUACUCGACAAGAUAUUAUUAUUGCCAGUAUUAAUCUUGCAAGUGUACUUGUUCUUUGUGGAGAUGGUACUGGUAAUUUUCCAAAUAAUAUGUUAUUCAAUACUGGCGCUCCUGCAUACUCUGCAGCUGUUGGUGAUUUCAAUAAUGAUGCUCGAGUCGAUAUUGUCGUUGGUAAAAAUGAUAGUAAUAGUGUUAGUAUAAUAUUGCAGUUUAAUCGAGGAGCACUUGAAUAUGAAAUGAAUUAUGCAUCUGGUGGUGGUUCUAGUUUACGAUCUUUUGCCAUUGCUAAUCUAAAUAAUGAUACUCAUUCAGAUAUUAUUGUUGCUAAUUAUGGUACUGACGACGUUGGUAUUCUUUUUGGGUAUGGAAAUGGUACUUUUAUGCAACAGAUCAUGUUUGACAUGGGUUCAAAUUCUCGUCCAUCAUCCAUCUCUAUGAAUGAUUUCAAUGGUGAUACUUAUUUAGAUAUUGCUGUAGCAAAUUAUGGUACACAAAAUCUAGGAAUGUUACUCGGAAACGGAAAUGGUUCAUUUACAAUUCAAACAAAUUAUUUAGAUAAUAUGAUUUUUAAUCCUAUUGCUAUUGUUUCUGGUAAUUUUAACGAUGAUAAUCGAUCCGAAGUUGUUGUUGCAUAUGAUGGAAGUGAUAAUGUUGAUAUAUUUAUUUCAUACAAUACUGGAUCCUUUAUAAAUCGACAGACAUUUCCAACGGGUUCAGUUCCAUUUGCGAUAGUUGCAGCUGAUUUUAAUAACGAUCAUCAAUUGGAUAUAGUUACUGCCAAUUCUAAUGAUAAUACCGUUAGUGUACUUCUUGGGUAUCGAAAUGGGUCUUUCACAAGUCAAGUAACAUAUGCAACUGGUUCUAAUCCAUAUUCUGUAGCAGUUGGUGAUUUCAAUAAUGAUACCUACUUAGAUAUCGUUGUUAGCAAUGGUGGUAGUAACACCGUUAGUGUACUUCUUGGGUAUGGUAAUGGAUCUUUUACCGAUCAAAUAACAUAUUUAACUGGUCCUUAUCCAUAUUCUAUAGGAGUUGGUGAUUUUAAUAACGACAGUCGACUAGAUCUUGUUGUUGUCAAUGCUGAUAAUAGUUCAGUUAGUGUACUUGUUGGAUAUGGAAAUGGUUCAUUUGCAAAUCAAAUUCGAUAUUCAACUGGCUACGAGCCACGAUCUAUAGCUGUUGGUGAUUUUAAUAACGACGAUCGAUUAGAUAUUGUUGUUUCUAAUUUAAAUGAUAAUACCGUUAGUGUUCUUCUUGGAUAUGGCAAUGGUACGUUUGCAACACAAAUGAUUUAUUUAACUGAUGCAACUCCACAAUUUGUAACUGUUGGUGAUUUCAACAACGAUAAUCGACUUGAUAUUGUUGCUGCCACUUUAGGUGUAAAUACAAUGACUGUCCUUCUCGGAUAUGGCAAUGGAUCUUUUCAAAUGAAACAGUCGUAUCCAACUGGUGUACUUCCAUUAUCUAUUGGUACUGGUGACUUUAAUAAUGAUACUCACUUGGAUAUUCUAAUUAUCAAUUAUAGUAGCAACGAUUUCAGUAUUUUUCUUGGGUUUGGGAAUGGAUCUUUUAAUACUCAAAUCCAAUAUUCAACUGGUUCUUCACCAGCAUCUGCAGCUAUCGGUGAUUUUAAUAAUGACAGUCUGCUCGAUGUUGUUGUUGCUGAUUCACAAGAUAACAAUAUCAUGAUAUUAUUUGGAAGUAUCAAUGAAAAUUUUGUAAAAUAUACGACGCUUCCAAUUAUAAAUGGUUCUCAACCACAAUCUUUUGCUAUUGGUGAUUUAAAUAAUGAUACGUAUAUGGAUAUUGUUAUUGCUAAUUUUGGUAUUAAUACGAUUGGAAUUUGUCUUGGAUAUGGUAAUAUUUCUUUUUCAAAUCAAACAACAUAUUCUACUGGACCGAAUUCUUUACCAUCUAGUAUCGCACUUGGUCAUUUCAAUAAUGAUACUAUACUCGAUAUUGUUAUUACUAAUUCCGGUUCUGAUAAUAUCGGUAUAUUUCUUGGAUUUGGCAAUGGUUCGUUUGGAAAUCAAACAACUUAUUCAACUGGUUCGUCUUCACGUCCAUAUUUCGUAACUGUUGGUUAUAUUAACAACGACGCUAAACUUGAUAUUGCUGUUACUGAUAAUGCCAACAAUAAAAUUGGUGUCUUUCUCGGCUUUGGUAAUGGUUCAUUUGAACAUGUUAUUUUCUAUGCAAUAAAAUAUGGAUCUAAUCCAUUUUCUAUUCUUAUGGAUGAUUUUAAUAAUGAUAAAAAAUUAGAUUUUGCUAUAGCAAAUAGUGGAACGGACAAUUUAAAUAUUCUUUUACAAACUUGUUAA